AUGUUUCGAGCAUUUUCUAUCCAUAAGAAGCACAAUUUCCUAGCACCAUUACCAACUGUCGUAUGUGGAGAUAACCUAAAAUCUGUUGCGGAUUACAUCACAUUGUCCGUUGACAAAGUAAAGGCGCUUACUGGAAAGAAUACCACAAAUGGCCCAGAUGGAACUGUCUCUUCAAAAACUCUUACUUCCGUUCGAAUGGUUGCAGAUGGUGUCCAAAAAUUAAAUGAAAACAUCCAGAUAUUGAAUAAAGAUUACCAAAUAGAUAUGGCAAGUUGUAUGACCGGUCAAGUGGAAUCGAUUCAUUCCACGCAUCACCACAAGCAUCAAGCAGGUGCCCAUGUUAUUGAUUAUGCCAGGUCAUUUGGGAACACUGUGAAAGAGGUUCUGAAAAGAACAACUCGUUGGGCAGCCCCAGUCUUACUAUCCCAUACCAUCGAAUUCCAUUAUGUUUUGGGAUAUCCCGUUUCUUCCACCUUUACCACCCAUUGAGAUGAGUGACGAGAACCAAGAAUACAUGAGAGAAUGGGCACGUGAUAACGGGAAAAGCGUACGUCAGCGUACAGUUAGGCAAGAAACUACCAAGUACAAAGCUGGGACCCUUCCGCUUAAUAUGUACGAAACCCACAAUCCAGUUGGCCAAAGGAUACAGUUUCACCAAGUAGAUGAUCUAGAUGGGCUUGCUGGCUUUGAUGAAGUCGAUGAAUGCCAGAAUGGUCAGGAUGGACAAGAUGAGUACAGCGACGAGAAUGGUUCUAGUGAUACAGAGGAAAGCGAGUCAAGCGGCGAAGAAGGUGAAACAACAUCAUUUUUAAAAACAACUCGUUCAGGACGUUCUAUUACUAUAAACAGAAGCCUCUUUUCCACAUAGUUGGAGGUCUUGGAGGUUUGAAAGCAUUCCGAGGUAAGUACAGACGAGUACAAUGA